GAGAAGGAAGAAGAGGAGGGAGAGAAGGCAGUAACGGAGGGAAUGUUUUCGGAUGCUCACUGUCAUCAAAUACUGCAGCCUGCACUCUGAGGGAAGCAGAGCAUAGAGAGAGAGGAAAAAAAACACGGGAAACAAUACGAAUGGUAUCCUAAGGCAUCCUGUAGUCCCAGUCAAGAAAUAUUGCGACAAAAAAAGGGGAAGAUUGUAUUGUGUUAUUUUCUCCUACAGGGCGAUAAAGAAUAUGAAAUAUGAAGCCUUUGCCAUCUCAGAUUGUUUUGUUAUAUCUAUUUGGACUAGUCUACCUCCUUCAAUGUGGCAGCGCCAAUAGCAACCCCGGUUCGCCUGAAGGUGACGACGCCUGGAGGAGAAAGGAGGCGGCGGCGCGCAUCUUGGAGCAUCCUCAGAGAACCACGCCGCUGCGGCUCCUCCAACAGCCGGCCAGCGGGCAGCAGCUCGGCCUGGACACCCGUGUGAUCGGGGCCCAGCAGCAGGCAUCCCCACACCCGGCCACUCAUAUUGCCCAGGCUACCUUCCAGGUUGAUGCUUUCGAUUCAUCCUUCAUUCUUGACGUUGAACUAAACCAUGAUUUGCUGUCCUCCCAGUAUGUGGAGCACACUGUUGGUGCAAGGGGAAACUUUGUUCAGUCUAGGGUUGGAGAACACUGUUAUUACCAUGGCAAAAUCCAAGGAAAUCCAAAAUCUUCUGUGGCCCUUUCAACAUGUUAUGGACUACACACACAGUGUCUCAUGGAUCUGACGGAUGUCAGUGUACCGUUUGGGUAUCCAUGCGCCAUCAUGUUGCAUAUAGCUGUGGAGAAACAUAAUGAGACUGAGCCUCAUUUAGUUUACCAGGUCAUUGGCCAUGAUGUUCCUUUGCAGUUUCUACAACUUGAACAUGCUGAGAGGAAUGAUCUGUUUGAUGCUAGGCGUACUAUCCUUUUUAGAAAGAAGAGACAGACACGUCGAUUUCGCCGGAAUGUUCAAGACGAGACAAAGUACAUUGAGCUGAUGGUUGUUAAUGACCAUUUUAUGUUUAAAAAACAUCGUUUAUCGGUGGGCCUUACAAACAAUUUCGCAAAAUCAAUUGUGAACAUGGUGGAUAUGAUAUUCAAGGAAGAGCUCAACACCAGAAUUGUACUAGUGGCUAUGGAAACCUGGUCAAUUGACAACAAGUUCACCAUAGAUAUGAACCCUCAAGUAACUCUACGAGAGUUUAUGAAGUACAAGAGAGAUUUCAUUACAGUGAAGAGUGAUGCCAUUCAUCUAUUUUCGGGAACUAUGUUUAAAAGCAGCCAGAGUGGAGCAGCAUACGUUGGUGGAAUUUGCACACAGUCUAAAAGUGGCGGGGUGAAUGAGUUUGGAGGUGCUGGUGCAAUGACUGUCACACUUGCUCAAAGCCUGGCCCAGAAUCUUGGCAUCUUUCCAGAUAACAAAAGAAAGGAUGGUGACUGCAAGUGUGAAGACCAAUGGGUUGGGUGCAUAAUGCAAGAUUCCGGGCUUUACCUUCCACGGAAAUUUUCUCAAUGCAAUAUAGAGGAUUACGAGGAAUUUUUGAACAAUGGUGGUGGUCACUGCCUCUUCAAUAAGCCUACCCGCCUUCUUGAUCCUCCUGAGUGUGGCAAUGGAUUUGUAGAGGCAGGAGAAGAAUGUGACUGUGGUUCAAAAGCUGAAUGUAGCAAGGAGGGAGAAAACUGCUGUAUAAAGUGCACUCUCAUGAAAGGAGCCAAAUGCAGCAAUGGGCUUUGUUGUAAAGAAUGUCAGUUUCAACGAAAUGGCUUUGUGUGUCGUGAGGAAGUAAAUGAUUGUGACAUUCCCGAGACCUGCACUGGAAAUUCUAGUGAGUGUCCACCAAACGUGCAUAAAAUGGAUGGCUACGUCUGUGACAAUGAUCAGGGACUUUGCUAUGGUGGGCGAUGUAAAACCAGAGAACGACAAUGUAAAUACGUGUGGGGAGAGAAAGCAAGAGCUGCAGACAAAUUAUGUUAUGAAAAGCUUAACAUUGAAGGGACAGAGAAAGGAAAUUGUGGCAAAAACAAAGACACCUGGAUCCAAUGCAAUAAGCAAGAUGUACUGUGUGGCUAUUUGCUGUGCGAUGAUACCUCUGGUGUGCCAAGAAUCGGAGAACUCACGGGUGAUGUGACUGUCUCUACCUUCUUACUGAAACACAAGCAUAUCAACUGCAGUGGUGGCCAUGUCAUAUUAGAUGAAGUCACAGAUCUUGGGUACGUGCAAGAUGGAACCCCAUGUGGACAGGACAGAAUGUGUAUCAAUCGCAAGUGUCUUCCUCUGAAAGCAUUUAAUUUCAGUAUCUGCCCUGAAACUAGUGGUGCAAGAAAAUGUUCAGGACAUGGGACUUGCAGCCAUGAAGGAAAAUGUAUGUGUGACCUAGACUGGGAUGGUGCUGGCUGCCAUAUCUAUGCACCAAAGGAAGUAGCAGAAGGACAAGGAUCGAUUCGAACUAACAUUAUUAUAGGUACCAUCGCAGGGACUAUCUUGAUGGCAAUUCUAGUGUUGGCUGUUGCAGCAUUGUUUUACAAAAACUACCGAGAAAGAAGGCAAAUGCCACAAGGAGACUAUGUCAAAAAGCCUGGGGAAGCUGACUCUUUCUAUAGUGACAUACCUCCUGGAGUCAGCUCAAACUAUUCAGCAUCUAGUUCUAAGAAAAGAUCAAAUGGACUAUCUCAUUCAUGGAGUGAACGGAUUCCAGAUGAAAAACAUAUUCCAGAUGUCUGUGAAAAUGGUAGACCACGCAGUAACUCCUGGCAGGGGAAUUUAGGAGCCAAUCGAAAGAAAAAUAAAGGAAGAAAAUUUAGACCACGUUCUAAUUCCACAGAGACUUUGUCUCCUUCCAAGUCACAUUCGUCAUCCAAUGGGUCCAUUGCUUCUAGUAGGAAAUGCCCAUACCCGAUGCCACCUCUUCCGGAUGAAGAGGUAAAAGUUGGUCGACAAAGUGCACGGCUCUGGGAGACCUCCAUUUAGACUUCUAUUCAGUGGAUCUGAGCUACUAAAGAUUUCCAUUUUCUUCCAUUUUUAUAAAUGGCAGCCUUAUGUCAAUGUCUUUUAAUUAAUGGCUCUCUGGAGCAUCAGUGAGCUUUUUGGAAGAUAGGAGUUGAAAACACAUACUGUGCUAUCUUCAAAGACUGAAUAGAAAAUACUGAGUAGACUCUGACUGAUUGCUAAUAAAACAGUUGGCAAUCUGUGAUGGAGAGUCAGAAUUCUUGUGGAAAGCACAGCACUCACACAGUGAUCUGGGAAUGGAAACUCUUUCUGAAACAGACAAUUAAAAAUAGCCUUGCCAUUUAUUCUCAUUCAUUAUGGUGCUUAGUCCGGUGGAAGAAGAUUGAGAGAAACCAUUUUCAACAAGAUUUGGUUGACUGCCCCUAUGCACAGAUUCACUGGACUGAAUAAUACUGUAUGCAUGAAUCCCUUCUGAACCCAAUUCCAUUAAUCUGUAGCAACCAAAUGCUUGCAGAAACAAACAAGAAAUGUAUGAUUUUGGCGAAGGCUGCUUUGGGUUAAGCUGUAUAACGGGAUUUUAAAAAUUGCAUCUGUAAGGGUUUUUGUGGGAAACAAUGUGUAUGCAACUGAAGACCAGAGUGGUCUUUUUGUAUUCAUAUCUUUGAUACUGGCAGAAGCGCUUGCAGUGAAAGUUUUUGUUUGUAAAUAUGUACAGUUUUCACACAUUGUCUGACAAACACGAACCAGUGGAAGUUUGCCAUGGUAAGCUGAAACAGGGUCAUACCUGGCUUAAUAUUACAGUCUCAUCUGAUUGAUUUGGUGUCUUGUGUAAAGGAUUGAGUCUCUUUGAAAUUGUGGCAGGUGCAAAUUAUCAAUAAUUUCCUGAUAAUUGAUUGUCUAAUUUAGUGGAGAUCACCAGUAAUCAUAAGUAUUGUUCAAAGUAUGGACUACUAAAAUUUAUAACUCAUAACUGUGUCUUGCACAUACAAUUAAAGUUAGCAAAACAAAUGGAUAACGUCAAAUGUUAGAUACACACUGUUAUUAAAGAAAGGGCUAGGGUGUGCCUUUACUAUCAGCUGUAUUUGGUAAAACAUGAUAACUUUACAACUAGAUAUUAAAUCUUCAUGUUCCACUUGUUAUUUAAUCAUGAUCAACGUUCUACAAUUAAUCAAAUAUGCCUUCUCCUCAAACAGGCAAUGUUUUCCAUUCAGCCCAAUUUCUACUCAGUAUUUUUAAUAAGAACAGUAAUUAAUUUGAUCAGUGGCAAAUGUUGUCAGCAUAUCUUCAACAGUUGGGGGAAAAUUUCUAAAUAAUUAAAAAGCAAAUAAAUAGUUUUGAUCUGAACAACAACAGGAUAGGUUUUCAACUUACUGCCUGGGCAUGAACCAGCAAUUGUGGCAAUGUUUAUCAGAAGAGUCAAAUCUCUUCUGGUAUCUUUGAGGAAACUCAAAACAUGUACAAAAUGCAGCAAAGAAAAUACUACUUUACAGUGAUAGAACAUUGUAGUAUAGAGGGAGACUGUUCAUGUGCAGCAGUUCUAUGGAAGAACUACCCAAUUGAUCUCAAACUCUUUUUUCCCCUUAGAUCCUUUUUUUCCCCAAAUGAUUAGCUAUUUCCCUUUUGAAAGUUGUUAAAGGUUCUCCUUCUGUCAUUAUUUUGUAGGAUUUUCAAGAAACCUUUGUGUCUAUUUUUUUUCACUCCUGACCUCUCCCCUUGUGCAUUGAUGAAUAUUUUAAAUGUAGAAAUAGUUCUUCCCUAUUCAUUGUACCAAACCCUUCAUAAUCUUUAAACAACUCAACCUGAUCCCUUCCUGACCUUAUUUAUUCAAGUGAAAGCUCUAAUGCCCCUUUAUUCCUGGCUUCACUUUUGUAAUUACGCUGUACAUUUUCUUGCCACAUUAUUCUAACUAUGGCCUAACCAAUAUUCUGUAAUGGUUUAGGAUUCCUUCAUUUUUUUUUGUAUUUUAUAGUCCCAUGAACUAAGAUCCUACAUUAACCUAAGACUGCCAGCAAUGAAGAUUAAAGAUGAAUUAAACUUUGGAAGUACAGAUGCUAUAAUUCUCUUGUAUCAGUUCAGUUAAUAGAUUUAGAACUAAUUAUUUUUGGAACUUGAUGUUCAUUAUCCUAGUUGACCUGCAAUUUGACUUUCUUGAACCACUGCUGUGCUUGCGAUAAUGGUGCUUUAUCUUGAACAGCUACUGGGAUUUAUUACUGACAUAUUUUACUAAUAAUUGUUUCUGAUGAUUUACACAAUUUUUACUUUCUCUGGGUUACCUUUGUCACUCACAGAGGAUUUGGACAAAGGGUCGCUCAGCCUUUGACAAAUCCAGCUUCUUCUAUUUCAUGCUUUCCUAAAUGGCUUCCUUUUCCUUCCUUCUGAAUGUUCAGCUCAUUUAAACUUCUGCCGCUUGCAUUCUAUCCUGCACCAGAUGUGUUCACCCAUCACUUCUGUCCUUAGCUCACAUAUCAGCAGGGCUUUCACCAAAGUUCACAUUCUAGCAUUCUCCCCACGCCGUGCCCCUGCCAGUCCCUUCACCCCUGCCACUACAUUCUUUAUUAGACUAAAGUCUCUGCUGCUCCAGCAUGAUUUUGUGUGUCAUCCCUUAUUUCAUCAUUGUUGGGUAUGGGUUUCAACUGCCUAAACCUCAAGUUCUGGAAUAGAUUGCUUUAACCCCACUGUCUCGCCACCUCCCUUUCCUACAUAACACUUACCGCUUGAAACAGGUUUUUGGCCAGCCAUCCUAACUUCUCCAUUUUUGUGGAUUAGAAACCCAAGAUAAUGGUGAACUGUUAUAUUUAGCUACUUGUUUACAGUCUUCAAUUGAAAAAUUUAUGGGUAAUUCUCAAUACUUCUAUAACGUAUGUCUAACAUCACUGGUAAUCUUGACCAUUCAUUCAGACAAAUGGUUGAGUCAUUCUCUAAUUAUUCUCAUAUGAAAGAUUAUAAUAAGAAUUAGCCCUGAAAUUCCUCAGAUCAAGAUCCUGACAGUUAACCUGGGAUCACAUUUAUGUGAUGGUGCACAAAAGCACUAAUAUGCCAGUCCAGUGCCAACUUGAGCUGGAGGAAUGUAAACUCUCAAUGUAUGGAAUGUCCACCCUCAAGCUCUACCCCUGACAAUCAUUUGCCUUAUUAGGGUUAGAUGAGGACAACCAGAUCUCCACUGUUUUCCAAGUAGGUGUUUCAACACCCACUUGUGAUAGUGGGUCACAAUGAAACUUGACAUAGAAUUUCAGAACAUACAGAUUUACAUCAAGAAAACCAGAUAUAGCAUUGGUAGUUUGUGUUUAAAUUUCAGACUAAUUAAUAGUAAAUAAUUGUGUUGUAUAAUUCAAAUUAUUAACAGUGUUGUCACUGAAGUCACUUUAUUUCUUGAACCUACUGAGAUACCUUGAUAAUCUGAGAAUGUGUUAAAUGAUUCUUUUUAAUGCUGUUAUACUUUUAAGAUGUUUGCAUUUGUGGCAUGAUAAUUGCAAUCUUUCUCGUCACCCUUUUUUGUCAUCUCAGCAAGUCUGUCGAAAAGUCCUAGAAUUUCCUCGAGUUGCUAUUUUACCACUGAAUCUUCAGUACACACCCUGUUGUGAUAGACAUAUGGGUAUUCUGCUGCCCUUGCAGUGUUAUCACUGCAUGCACUGGGAGAAGCACCUCCAAGGAGGUUCCAAACCAAUAAUGUUUGCUCCAUUUGAUGUUAUACUUAAGUGGUAGAAGCAUUUGUCAAAACUUUUUUAAAUUAUGCUUUUUCUUAAAAUAAAGGCUGAUCAUCUCUUCAUCUGCAAAGAGAGUUUCAGCAUUUUUCAGAAAGUGUGAGCAAUAGGGUUUAAAUUCAAUUAGUUUUAAGAGUUUACGAUGUAGGCAGGAGCGUUCAUUGACCAGCAGUGCAGGUGAGCUUAUGCUGACUGUGGGAGAGGUCCUGUCAGUCAUCCACUUGGGAAUUGUUUUUAAAUUGUCUCAACAUCAAAAUCAAAGAGGCAGGGUAAUAUGGGAACAAUUGCAGCAUUUGAUUUCAUUAUCUAAGUUUUGGCACUUUAGACCUACUCACUGGUGCAGCUGAAUGCAGUAAAAUCAUUCUUUCUGCUUUUGUUUAGAUAUGACUGAGCUGUAUUCCUUGAAUUGCAUUGCAUCACUAUUAUCAAUGCGAUGUGAGGUUGUAUAUGUAGAAGCAGCUAGCUUUGUGGAUAUUAAAUUAUGUCAUUAUAUAACAAAGUACAUUUCUGUGAAACAAUUAAAAUGGCUAAAGAUUUCCAUUUGAUACUUAUUUACUAUUAGGGGAUAUUGAAAGUGUACAAUAAAUUGUCCCUCAUAUUUUCAGCCACCUUGACUGUACUGCAUACACCAGUGCACCAUAAUGAAAAAUAUUGUUUGAAAUUUACCAUAUAUUCUGCAUGUCAAAGGUAACAAUGUCAUGUCACCUUAUAAUUUAUGGAAUGCCUUUUAUUUUAGAAAAACAAGAUCAGCUUCAAUAUUUGUCUUUGACUAUAGUGAUGUAGCUGACAUUGUAACAGGCUGGUUAUAAUGCUAAUUGUUGAGGCAAUGUUGUAUUAGACCGUUGCCAUUUUCAUUUUUACACUUUUUAGUCCAUUUAAACAUGCUGCAAAUGCUUCAGUGGAACGGCAAUAGAAUGUAGCGCCAAUUACAGAAUUGUAUCUCGCUGAUCUAGAAAAAGCUCAAUUUCUUUGGCUGAGUAGUAAGCUUCUAUUGGCCGUGUACAUUAUCACACUUGUAUAUAAUGCGACAUGGACGUGAAUUCUCAUGCUUUUCUGAAACAAGACUGUUGUAAUAUAUUAAUAAAAAAAUGACUUCCAGUUUAUCUGGAAUCUGAU